GCGGUCGCCAUGGCGGCGAUGGCUGCGGUGGUGGCGGCGCUGCGGGAGUGGACGGCGGCAGCGGAGCGGCGGGACGCGGCCUGGCGGGCAGCUGUGGCCGCCUGUGCGCCGCUGUUGGCGUCGCUGGCUGGGCUGGCGGCGCAGAUGCGGGCGGCGCAGCGGUUAGCGUGGGGCGGAACGCCGCUGGGCGCCUUCAGCGAGCUGAGGGAGAGGCUGUGGCGGAAACAGCGCGGAGCGGUCGAGGCGCUGCUGGAGGAGCUCAGCGAGCGGCGGGAGGAGCUGCGCGCCGUGAUGGACGCGGUGGGGGCCGGCGCUGCUGCUGUGCUGCGGCUGUACGAGGAGCGGGCGGCGGAGUUGAGCUUAACCGAGGUGCUGCGGCGCGGGCCGCGCUGCCCGUCUUUGGCCGACGCUCUGGAGGAACUGCAGGAUGUGGAGCGUUACUACCGGCACCUGUACCUGGAGAUCAGACUGUUCCUCCUGCUCAUCAGCUGUGACAGCCUGGCAGACAUGGAAGCCCUCCCACAGGCCUGGGAGAGGAUUUUGGAGCGUUAUGGGGAAGACACUGUGCAAGAUUCUUUUCUUAAGAUCUCUCUCUUUUUGGACAACCAGUGAUACUGCGCUGCUGGUAAGGCUUCGGAUGGAGAGCAUGCAGGACUGAUGUUGACCAGCUUUUGUGAUCAUGUGGUAUAUCCUGAGAUAACCACUAAGAGGAAGAUUACUUGAGGCAGUGUUUAGAAGGUGGAUGAGGUGACCUCUGUAGGAAGUGCUUGGAGUGUUCCAUUUUCAAGCUGAGGUGGAUUGUGUUUGAGGAAGAGCUUGAGCUCAACAGGUCAUGACAAUAGAAAGAAAUUGUCUUCAGCUACGGAAGUUGUCUUCCCUUUCCCCCCCCUCCCCCC